AUUCCCAACUAAUAAUGUCCCAUUUCAAAUUUUCCCAGGGUUCUUAUAUUUGUGUUUUCUUCAUCAAUUUUUGAUUCUCAUAAUGGAGAAUCAAACAAUACUAACACCACAAGAUUCUCUACAAACUUCAGAAGAUGAUGUGAAAACAUAUAGUGUUCAACAAAGAGAAGCUUUACCCGAAGAGCCUCGAUGCGUAGAAUGUGGUCGGUAUGGUGAAUAUAUAUGUGAUGAAACUGAUGAUGAUAUCUGCAGUCUUGAAUGUAAGCAGAAAGUUUUACUAAAAUUUAAACAACCCGAGUUGCAGAGUAGUGUUGUUCUGCCUGCAGUGAGACUACCUGCAACAGAUGAGUGUAUUUAUGUUAGAGAUGGUAGUAAUGGUAAAUCAGAGGGGCAUUCUUUAACGAAUGCACAGACGGAAUUGGUUAGGAAUAAGUUUGAGAUUGUUGUAAAGGGUGAUUGUGUUCCUAGUCCGGUUUUAUCUUUUGCUCACUGUGAUAUUCCUCAGAAGCUCUUGCAGAACAUUGAACGUGCAGGAUAUGAAAUCCCGACUCCUGUUCAAAUGCAGGCGAUUCCUGCUGCAUUGAAGGGUCAAAGCCUGCUUGUUUCAGCUGAGACUGGUUCAGGAAAAACUGCGGCGUAUUUGGUUCCUGUAGUUUCGUACUGUGCAAAGUUUAGAAAGGAAGUGGGUUCAGACGAGAAGAAACCAUUAGUGAUGGUGCUGACACCAACUAGGGAACUUUGCAUACAGGUUGAGGAACAAGCUAAGGUGCUCGGAAAAGGGUUGCCGUUUAAAACAGCAUUGGUGGUGGGUGGUGAUGCAAUGCCUAGACAGAUUCAUCGCAUACAGGGUGGAAUAGAAAUGAUUGUUGGUACACCUGGCAGGCUUAUUGAUCUUUUAACCAAAUAUGACAUUGAGCUAGAUCGUGUCUCGAUGUUAGUUAUAGAUGAAGUAGAUUGCAUGCUCCAAAAGGGCUUCCGCGAACAGGUAAUGCAGAUUUACAGGGCUUUAUCUCAACCUCAAGUCUUGUUGUAUUCUGCGACGGUUCCGGUUGAAGUGGAGAAGAUGGCAAGUUCACUGGCAAAAGAAGUCAUCAUCAUUACUGUUGGAAAGCUAAACGAGCCAAAUCAGGCGGUGAAACAGGUGGCUAUAUGGGUUGAGUCAAACCGAAAGAAGCAAAAGCUUUUUGAUAUAUUGACAAGCAAACAGCAUUUCAAGCCACCCGUCAUAGUGUUUGUGGGUUCAAGAAUAGGAGCAGAUCUCCUUUCUGAGGCGAUAACUGUAACCACGGGACUUAAGGUUUUGGCUAUUCAUGGAGAUAAGAGCAUGAAAGAAAGAAGAGAUAUUAUAAGUUCGUUUUUACUAGGAGAAAUUCAGGUGAUUGUCGCAACCGGGAUAUUGGGCAGAGGAAUUGAUCUUUUGCAUGUAAGACAAGUUAUCGUGUUUGACAUGCCAAAUUCAAUCAAGGAGUAUGUUCAUCAGAUUGGUAGAGCAUCCAGAAUGGGAAAGGAGGGUAAUUCUAUUCUCUUUGUUAAUGAAGAGAACAGGAGUUUGUUUCCGGAGUUGAUUGGAAUCCUGAAAUCUUCUGGGGCUGCUAUACCUCGGGAGAUCACUAACUCUAGGUACUUGACAGCCUCAUUACCAAGCAACAGGGGAAACAGAAAAAGAAAAGCCAAUUGCUAAACUAUCAUAGUUUUGUCCAUAUCAUAUUUUUCAGGUCAUGUGUUGAUUUUAGGAAGUGGUGUAUAUGUCCUUUGUUGGAGAAGCAUGGCCCAUACAUGGAUCUAAAAAACUUGAACUGACCCUUUGAGUCUAUGUAUAUAAAAUCAUAUGGUUCAGUCUAUUGUAUCUAGCAUUAGAAUUUUCAGGAUAUACGAAGGCAAAAAAAAUUAAAAUUAUAGGAUC